UGUUUACCAAGACGUGUCGUUUUUGUGUUCUGUGUUUGAGUUCUAAAAAAUGAAUAGCGUUACUCGUUCGUUGCGGUCAAAAUGUUUCAACUCUGGAUGGCACAGGUCUUUCUCUGUUACGGCGCCAGACAACGCCACUCAUUCAUGUAAAUUGUUAGUGGUGGGGGGAGGCUCUGGAGGGUGCACCAUCGCAGCCAAGUUCGCUCGGAGACUCGGGAAAGAUGCAGUCAUUGUAUUGGAGCCAAGUUGCGCUCACUACUACCAACCGCUCUGGACGCUAGUCGGCGCCGGUAUCACCAGCGUGGCCAGCACUCGGCGAAGCGCGUCCAGCGUCCUCCCUGCAGGAGCUAGGUGGCUGAGGGACUCGGCUGCAUGCGUCGACCCUAAGAACCAGGAGGUCACCACCGAAAGCGGGGACCAGAUCAAAUACGAGUACAUCGUGGUCGCGGUCGGGAUACAGAAUGAUUAUGACAAGGUCCCCGGCCUUAGCGAAGCGCUCAAGCGCAAAGACAGCGGCGUCUCCACAAUAUAUUCCCCUGAUUACUGCGAAAAAACAUGGAGCGACAUGCGACCGUUCAAAGGAGGCGAGGCGAUUUUCACGUAUCCAGACACACCCAUCAAAUGCCCGGGUGCACCGCAGAAGAUCGCUUAUCUGGCUGACUCUUGGUUUAAUAAGGCCAACGUCCGUUCAAAAACGAACAUAACAUACAACACUUGCCUGCCCGUCAUAUUCGGCGUGAAGAAAUACGCCGACGUCCUUCUGAAGGUGGUGGAACGGAAGAAUAUCAAGGUCAACUACACCACGGUGUUGAAGGAACUGAAUGUGGACAAGAAGGAAGGGGUAUUUGUCAGCACUAAGGAUAAGAGUAAGACAUUUGUCCAACCCUACGACAUGAUCCACGUCACGCCUCCAAUGAAGACGCCGGACUUCCUCCGUAACAAUAAGGACAUCACCGACACUAGCGGCUACCUGGAAGUCGACAAGUUCACUCUACAACACACCAAGUUCCCCAACAUGUACGGGAUCGGAGACUGCAUUAAUACGCCGAACAGCAAAACUGCUGCUGCGAUUGCGAAACAGUGCUACGUGCUAGAGCACAACCUCCUAUCAACGAUGGCGAAGGACAACCCGAAGCAGAAGUACGACGGCUACGGGGCCUGCCCGCUGGUGACGUCAUACAACACGUGCAUUUUGGCCGAGUUCUUGUACGACGGUGUUGUGCACGAGACUAUGCCUAAAUGUAAAUUACUGAUAGUGGGGGGAGGAACGGGCGGCUGCAGCGUCGCGUGGCGAUUCUCCAACAAAUUAAAGAAUAGUGAAAUUUGUGUCAUAGACCCAGCAGAAUUCCACUACUACCAACCCCUCUUCCCCCUCGUGGCCGCCGGUAUCAAGGGGUUCGAUCAAAGCAAGAAGCCCCUCCGCUCCGUGUUGCCGCCCGGCGUGUGUUGCAUCGAAGACUACGCGUGGCAUUUCGAGCCGUGCAGCAAUGUUGUCCAUACGCAUGGUGGGGAUGAAAUCUAUUAUGAGUUCCUGGUGGUGGCUGUGGGGCUUAUUAAUGAUUAUUACAAGAUAAGCGGCCUAAAAGCAGCGCUAGACGACCCCUGCAGCUGCGUCACAACAAUAUAUUCACCGGAACACUGCCAAAAGACGUGGUCGGCCAUUCAGCGUACCGCCGGCGGUCAUGCCAUCUUUACAUUCCCACGCGAUGGUGCGAAAUGCUCUGGUGCGGCCCAGAAGAUCAUGUACCUCGCUGAUGACUACUUUAGAAAGAACAAAAAACGCGACCUUCUAAACAUAACCUACAACACUGGCUCCGAGGCCAUCUUCGGCGUCCCGAAGUACGCCAAAGCGCUAGAGCGAGUGGCCAGUGCGCGCGCCGUGGCCGUCAACACGUGCUGCGAGCUUGUGGAGGUCACGCCGAAACAUGCUGUGUUCCUGGACGCUUAUGGAAUGCCCAUAACGCUCCCAUACAACUUCCUCCACGUAACACCACCUAUGUCUCCACCCACCGGUCUAGCUCAAUCCCAACUCGCAGACAAAACCGGCUACCUCGACGUAGACCAGUACACACUUCAGCAUAACCAGUUCCCCAACGUAUACGGCUUGGGAGAUUGCACCAAUACGCCUAAUAGCAAGACUGCUGCCGCUGUUGCUCGCCAAAGCCACGUGGUAGAACAAAACCUAUGGGCCACCAUGCAGGGCCGGCAACCUUCAGCCAAGUACGACGGCUACGGCGCAUGCGCGAUGAUGACGUCAUACCGCACCGGCAUACUGGCGGAGUUCCGCUACGACAAGCAGCCGUAUGAGACCUUCCCGUUCGACCAGAGCAAAGAACGGAAACUGUUCUACUACAUGAAACGAGACUAUUUCCCGUAUCUUUACUGGAAUAAAAUAAUUAAAGGAAAGUGGAACGGACCUAAAAAAAUACCCAGAUUGAGUAACCCUUUUCGGAAGAAGAAAUAAAAACCAGUAU